CUGAGAAAGUAGUAUGGCCCGAAUUUCCAGUGCAACAUAGUUAAACGUUAAUGUCUGGAUUCCAGGUCUAUUUUAGCGUGCUCACCCAGAUGACGCAACUUGGGCUCCGCACUUAGCUCUAGACUGAGAACGGGGUGUGUGGUGGGAACAGGAGAGUUACGGGGGAUCCCGCGAGGGCCAGUUCUUUAUAAUCCCGACCCUGGGAAUUUGGUAUUUGGUAUUUGCUGCGGUGGGCGGGAACCCAGUACUGCCGCGAGCGUGCGGGUGCGUGUUAACAGGAGGAACGGCCACCGAGAAACAAGUCCUCCUAGGUCCUAGAGCGGUUCCGGAAGUGCCUCAGAGGGCAAGUGGGGCUGCUCCUUCUGUAAGGGUUACCGGCAGUUCGGUUCUUUCUUUCAAUCCCAUGUUACCCUUUUGCAGGUCCAUUCUAAGGUCUGUUUCAAGUGUUGGCCACCCUUGCAGUUCGCAGCCAGGGAAUCUAUGACUUGUUUGAAGAAGUCUAAGGACCUGCCUCCCUAAGGAAUGAAGGAGCAAGUUCCAGAAUAGCAUUUGUUAGUACAUAGAGAUCCCUUUGGCAAUCUGGUGAAGCCUGAGGAUAUCUUCUCAGAAUAAUAUUUGUUAUAUACAUUCAUAAUUGAAGGUGAAGAAACAAGAAACAAGAGAGAUUAAAAGACUUUGGAAGUCACUGCUAGUGUAUGAUUAAGAUUCUGAAAUAAGGACGGAGAACAAUACAUCCUAUAAAGAAGAGGAUAUGUCAGAAGACAUAGUAUUACAUAAAGGCAUAUCAGAAAUACUCCUGAGGGUCAUGCCUCAGAAAUUUGAUUUUGGAGAAGCUUGUGAAUCAGAGGGAAAUUUAGUGAGCCAUCAGGGAAAUUCUGCAGGAUUGAUUUUUAAAGAACCUGUUUCCUUGGAAAAACAUUUCAAGCCAGUUACUAUGACCCAUAAGCAAAAUUCCAUGGAAGAAAGAAACCAGGAAUAUAAGAAUUUUUGGAGAGACCCUAGAAUGGAAUCAGACCUUGAUAUACAUCAGAGUAAUACUGCAGGAGACCAUCCCCAUAAAUGUAAUAUCUGUGCCCAGAACUUCAACUACAUUGCUGACCUUAUUCAGCACCACAGAAUUCACACUAGAGAGAAACCCUAUAGGUGUGAUGAAUGUGGAAAAGGCUUUAGAAAAAGUUCACAACUAAUUCAGCAUCAUAGAAUCCAUACUGGAGAAAAACCUUAUAGUUGUGAGGAAUGUGGCAAAGCCUUUAGUCAGAGCUCACAACUAAUUCGACAUCAGAGAACUCAUACUGGAGAAAAACCAUAUAAAUGUAGUGAAUGUUGGAAAGACUUCAGUCAGAGAGCAAACCUUAUUCAACAUCAGAGUAUUCAUACUGGUGAGAAACCUUAUGAAUGUGAUGAAUGUAGUAAGGCCUUCAGUUUGAACUCACAACUUAUACGACAUCAACGAACUCACACUGGAGAGAAACCUCACAAAUGUAAUGAAUGUGGGAAAGCCUUCAGCCAGAGAGGAAAUCUUAUUCAGCAUCAGAUAACUCAUACUGGAGAGAAACCUCAUGAAUGUAAUGAAUGUGGAAAAGGCUUCAGUCAGAGAGCAAACCUUAUUCAGCAUCAGAGAACUCAUAGUGGAGAGAAGCCCUAUGAAUGUAACAUAUGUGGGAAAGGCUUUAGUUGGAGUUCUCGACUUAUUCGACAUCAGAGAACUCAUACUGGAGAAAAACCCUUUGGAUGUGAAGAAUGUGGUAAAGCGUUCAGUGUGAACUCAGAACUUAUGUUACAUCAGAGGAGUCAUACUGGAGAGAAUCCUUAUAAAUGUAAUGAAUGUGGGAAGGAUUUCAGUAGGAGUUCAAAUCUUAUUCAACAUCAAAGAAUUCACACUGGAGAAAAACCUUUUAUGUGUAAUGAAUGUGGUAAAGCCUUUAGUCAAAGAGCAAACCUUCUUAAGCAUCAAAUAAUUCACUCUGGAGAAAAUUAAAAUGAGUAAAAUUAAUAAA